UUCAUCCUAUAAAACUAUAAACGUCUCUUCUCUCUUCCAUCACUGCAAGAAACUUAAUCACAACUCAUCCUUUUCACUCUCUCUUCUCAUUUUCAAUGGCGACCCAAGAUUCACAAGGGAUCAAACUCUUCGGCAAAACCAUUACAUUCAACGCCAGUAAUAUCACAACAACGACGAUUAAAAGAGAAGUGCACCAACAACAGCCAGAGGUACAAGCAACAACAGACGUCAGAUCAUCAUCAACGGAUCUAACGGUGGAGAAGCGUCCAGACAAGAUCAUAGCAUGUCCGAGAUGCAAGAGCAUGGAGACUAAGUUCUGUUACUUUAAUAAUUAUAACGUUAAACAACCAAGACACUUCUGCAGAGGUUGUCAGCGUUACUGGACCGCUGGUGGAGCUCUCCGGAAUGUUCCCGUCGGUGCCGGUCGCCGGAAAGCCAAACCUCCGGGGCGUGUCGGUGGAUUCGCCGAGUUUCUUGGGGCUGCGACUGGAGCGGUCGAUCAGGUCGAGCUUGACGCUUUGCUGGUGGAAGAGUGGCGAGCAGCUGCGUCACACGGUGGUUUCCGGCAUGACUUUCCGGUGAAGAGACUCCGUUGCUACACCGAUGGUCAAUCUUGUUAAAUAUUCUAAUUUAAAAUUUUAUUUUUCAUAUUAUUUGUUUUGGUUUGGGUUUGGUUUAAUCCUUUAGAAAGAACAUGGUUAAAUUUGCUUACUGGAUACGUACAGGCUAGCAUCAAAAAUGAACUAGUUGGUUAAUUAGGAGAGUUUAAUACUUGCUUGUCUACUAAACAGCUGUCGCUUUUUCAUCAAUCUCUCUUUAUUGAAUCGUCAGUUGUAAAUUGAAGCUCGUGGGAUUUUUCUUCUAUAAAGAAUUCGGAGUCGUUGACCA